AUGAGUUCACCGAGGGCAGAGCGUGAAGACAAGGCUCGUCUGCUCCCCACAGCUGUUGAGGAGACUACGCCUGAUGUCGUAGACAGCAUCCAUGCUACGCCUAUGCUUGACGGACAACACAAGCCCGUGCAAGAUGUUCACGGCUUCUUGUCAGCCCCAUUCACAGGACCAAUAAGGCCACUGUCACCCGAUACGCUGUCAAUCCUCUCUGCAGAUGGAUAUGACCAGGUACGACCAAGCAGGAGAACUUCUAUCGUGACAGAUCCCGCACACCUACCAAGAGAUGCAUCAGGAUGGCGAGCCAAACUCCAGGCAUCCUGGCUGCGCAAUAAAGGUCUGGCUUUCAUGCUGGCCGCACAAAUCUUUGGCACACUGAUGAAUGUGACCACUCGCCUACUAGAGGUUGAAGGCGAUCACGGCAAGGGCCUCCAUCCUUUCCAAAUCUUGUUCGCACGCAUGGGCAUCACAUUCGUCCUGGCAUCAGGAUACAUGUGGUACAAGAGGACGCCGCACUUUCCUCUGGGUCUGCCUGAGGUUCGGUGGUUGCUAGUCGCUCGUGGAUUUGGAGGCUUCUUUGGAGUGUUCGGCAUUUACUAUUCGCUGCUGUAUCUACCACUGGCCGAUGCGGCGGUCUUAGCAUUCUUGGCGCCAGGCCUGGCUUGCUGGGUUUGCUCCUUCUUGAUCGGCGAGCCUUUCACUAGGAUUGAGAAGAUCGGGACCCUCAUCUCCCUGGUCGGUGUUGUGUUCAUCGCUCGUCCUACAACACUGCUUCAAGCCCUCGGAGAAGGCUCAGAUGCCCAGUCAGCUGGCAACACUACCUCUCACGCAGCCGAAUCUGAUGCCUCGAACUACGAGAAUGUUACUCCCAUGGAGCGAUUGAUGGCAGUGGGAAUUGCGAUGAUAGGUGUAUGCGGCACCAUCAUCGCCUUUACGACCAUACGCUGGAUUGGAAAGCGUGCUCAUCCACUGAUCAGCGUCAAUUACUUCGCGGCGUGGUGCACGCUUGUGAGCUUCGUCAUGCAGCUUGUCUUACCGAAUGUAGGCUUUCUUUUCCCUACGGACCUUAAAGAAUGGGGCUACCUGUUCUUCUUGGGCGUCUGUGGCUUCAUCAUGCAAUUCCUCCUAGCAGCCGCUCUGUCUUACGAGAAGUCGUCGCGAGCAACGAACAUGACCUACACGCAGAUGCUCUUCGCUCUAGCCUUCGAUAAGUGGAUCUUCGACCACACCCCUGGUGUCCUCUCGAUCAUCGGAUCGUGCCUCAUUUUAGGCUCGGCAAUCGUAGUCGCACUACAGAAAGACUCAGGUUCGACAAAGGGAAACACAGAAGGCAGCCAGAUAGUCUUGGACGAAGAGGCGCAAAGAGGUCUUCUCAGUGGCAUGCAAGCUGCGCAGACAGGGGAAGAUAAUGACAGAUUACCGGUACAAGAGAUGCAAUUGCGGACUUUGAGGUGA